AUGCCUGGCGCAACUCCAUACAUCGGAAAUGCCACAAGGAUAUGGGAGAUCAAUGUGCACUGGAGCUUGUAUUCUCAGUGCGGAAUAUGGGAUCCUAAAGGUCGCGGCGUGGAUAUUUGGGAAUGCAUUAGAGCUCAUGACUCAACCCAGUUUACCCAGCCACCAAAUGGUCUUUAUUGGCGCUACAUCGCCCGCCGGUAA